AUGUCGUUACCGCAAAAAAAAUAUUAUCGCCAGAGAGCGCAUUCCAACCCAAUGGCCGAUCAUUCGUUUCAAUAUCCUGCAUGCCCUGACCAAGCCAACUGGUCCGAACUAUACCCAGCAUAUUUCAACGAUGAGGAUGGUGUUUCACGAGAUUGCCAAACUGGAAACAUCGAUGGUGACGAUAGAAAUAAAUCAAAACGACAGGUUGAGAUUGCUGAUGUGGGCUGUGGUUAUGGGGGACUCUUAAUUGAACUGUCGACACUCAUGCCUGACAAACUAAUCCUGGGUAUGGAAAUUAGGGUAAAAGUGUCUGAUUAUGUGAUGGACAGAAUUCGGGCCCUUCGUGAAAAAGGGCUGAGCUCUGGGGCCUACCAGAAUAUUGCUUGUAUUAGGACUAAUGCGAUGAAGUACUUGCCUAAUUAUUUUAAGAAGGCUCAGUUAUCGGCAAUGUUCUUUCUCUUCCCAGACCCGCACUUCAAAAAGACAAAACAUAAAUGGAGGAUUGUUAGCCCAACACUUUUGGCAGAAUAUGCUUUCGUCCUUAGACCAGGGGGCCUCAUUUAUACAGCUACAGAUGUGAAGGACUUACAUGACUGGAUGGUAAAACACAUAAGUAACCACCCACUUUUUCGAAGGCUCUCAUUAGAUGAAGAGGUCAAUGACCCAAUCGGCAAGGUCAUGGUCGAGUGCACUGAAGAGGGCAAGAAGGUCACGCGCAACCAGGGCGAGAAAUAUGUUGCUAUUUUUAGAAAGAUUGAAGACCUGUAA